AUGGAGACUUCGGAGCACAAAGAGCUCCGACGCGUGGCUUUCUUGGCCAUCGUUGUCUCGACUGUAGCUGUUAUUGCGGCUAUUGUCAUUCUUCCAAUGCUCUACUCAUAUGUUGCUGGAUUCCAGAGUCAUUUGAUCAUUGAAGCCGAUUUCUGUAAGACUCGCUCUCGUGACAUGUGGGCUCAAAUCCAUGACAUUGAUGGACCACACUUGUUCCACAGACAGAAGCGUCAGUACUCUUCACCAAACCCACCAGCUGCCGGUGGAUACGGAGCCCCAGUCACCAACUCCGAGCCGGCUCCAACCUGCUGCUCUUGCCAACAGGGACCAGCCGGACCACCAGGACCACCUGGAGAUGACGGAAACGCUGGACAAGACGGAGUUCGUGGAAACGACGGAACCGACGGAAAGGAGGGAAGCCUCUUGGAGAGCGCCAUUGUCAACGAGCCAUGCAUCAUCUGCCCACCAGGACCACCAGGACCACAGGGAAUGGCUGGAGCCAAGGGACCACAAGGACCAAAGGGAGGAAAUGGAGAGAAUGGACCAGACGGAAAGGCCGGUGCCAAUGGAAUGCAAGGACCACCAGGAAUGAUGGGACCACCAGGACGUCAAGGAGUCAGUGGACCAAAGGGAGCUCCAGGACGUAUCAACCAAAUCAACGGACCACAAGGACCAGCUGGACACAAGGGAGUCCGUGGACCACCAGGAGCCCGUGGAGAGGCUGGACUUGAUGGAAGCAACUCGGAGGGACCACAAGGACCACAAGGAGACGCUGGAAGACCAGGACCAGUUGGAGAGCAAGGACCACAAGGUCCAGAGGGACCACAAGGACCACCAGGAGAGCCAGGAGGUUGCGAGCACUGCCCAAUUCCAAGAACCCCACCAGGAUAUUAA